UCCUCGGGGAAGAAGGGAAUUGGGGAGGAUCAGAGAAUCAGACUUAUUUAUUUUUUCGGAGUUGCUUCUGGAGUGAGAGAAUAGGCCGUCUGCAAGGACGUUCACCCAGGGGACGUUGCCCGGAUGUUUUGAUGUUUUGACCUUCCUUGUGGGAGGCUUCUCUCCUGUCCCUGCAUGCAUGGGAAGCUGGAGCUGACAGAGGGAGCUCAUCCGCGCUCUCCCCAGUUGGGAUUCGAACCUGGCAGCCUUCAGGUCAGCAGCCCAACCUUCAAGUCACGAGGCUUUAACCCACUACGUCACCAGGGGUUGACUUAAGAUGGAGUCAUUGGAGCAGAGGCCAACAAUGAGGUGUCCAGAAACUCUGUGAGGGGGAUAACACUGUAUCCUAAUAGUAAUAAUUGUUUUUCGGUGUCAGGAGCAACUUGAGUUGCUUCUGGAGUGAGAGAAUUGGCCGUCUGCAAGGACGUUCACCCAGGGGACGUUGCCCGGAUGUUUUGAUGUUUUGACCUUCCUUGUGGGAGGCUUCUCUCCUGUCCCUGCAUGCAUGGGAAGCUGGAGCUGACAGAGGGAGCUCAUCCGCGCUCUCCCCAGUUGGGAUUCGAACCUGGCAGCCUUCAGGUCAGCAGCCCAACCUUCAAGUCACGAGGCUUUAACCCACUACGUCACCAGGGGUUGACUUAAGAUGGAGUCAUUGGAGCAGAGGCCAACAAUGAGGUGUCCAGAAACUCUGUGAGGGGGAUAACACUGUAUCCUAAUAGUAAUAAUUGUUUUUCGGUGUCAGGAGCAACUUGAGUUGCUUCUGGAGUGAGAGAAUUGGCCGUCUGCAAGGACGUUCACCCAGGGGACGUUGCCCGGAUGUUUUGAUGUUUUGACCUUCCUUGUGGGAGGCUUCUCUCCUGUCCCUGCAUGCAUGGGAAGCUGGAGCUGACAGAGGGAGCUCAUCCGCGCUCUCCCCAGUUGGGAUUCGAACCUGGCAGCCUUCAGGUCAGCAGCCCAACCUUCAAGUCACGAGGCUUUAACCCACUACGUCACCAGGGGUUGACUUAAGAUGGAGUCAUUGGAGCAGAGGCCAACAAUGAGGUGUCCAGAAACUCUGUGAGGGGGAUAACACUGUAUCCUAAUAGUAAUAAUUGUUUUUCGGUGUCAGGAGCAACUUGAGUUGCUUCUGGAGUGAGAGAAUUGGCCGUCUGCAAGGACGUUCACCCAGGGGACGUUGCCCGGAUGUUUUGAUGUUUUGACCAUCCUUGUGGGAGGCUUCUCUCCUGUCCCCGCGUGGAGCUGGAGCUGAGAGAGGGAGCUCAUCCGCGCUCUCCCCGGUUGGGAUUCGAACCUGGCAGCCUUCAGGAAUUGAGGACUGUAUGGAGCCACUCUUGGGUGUAGUAAGAAGACCGACAAUAAUAUACAAAGAAUAAAUCCUCUCAAGGUGAAUUUUUUCCUACAUAAGACGGGAAAAUAGAAGACCCAUAUCACUAUGGACAUGAAGGAGGAAACAUCCAAAUGUCAGGAAUUUGGAAAGAGCUUCACUGAGAGUGGACAUCUACAAAAACAUGAAAGGACUCACACUGGGGAGAAACCCUAUGAAUUCCUGGAGUGUGGACCGAGCUUCACUCAGAGUGGGAGUCUACAAAAACAUGAAAGGACUCACACUGGGGAGAAACCCUAUGAAUUCCUGGAGUGUGGACCGAGCUUCACUCAGAGUGGGAGUCUACAAAAACAUGAAAGGACUCACACUGGGGAGAAACCCUAUGAAUUCCUGGAGUGUGGACCGAGCUUCACUCAGAGUGGGAGUCUACAAAAACAUGAAAGGACUCACACUGGGGAGAAACCCUAUGAAUUCCUGGAGUGUGGACAGAGUUUCUCUCAGAGUGGAAGUGUACAUUCACAUCAAAGGAUUCACACUGGGGAGAAACUUUAUACAUGCCUGGAGUGUGGAAAGAGCUUCGCUCUGGUUUCAAAUCUGCUUUUACAUCAAAGGACUCACACUGGGGAGGAACCCUAUAAAUGCCUGGAGUGUGGACAGAUCUUCAGUGAGAGUGGAAGUCUACGUGCACAUCAGAGGACUCACACUGGGGAGAAACCUUAUAAAUGUAUGGAGUGUGGACAGAGCUUCACUCAGAGUUCAAGUCUAUAUUCACAUAAAAGGAUUCACACCGGGGAGAAACCCUAUAAAUGCCUGGUGUGUGGACAGAGCUUCACUCAGAGUGGAAAUCUACGUACACAUCAAAGUACUCACACCGGGGAGAAACCCUAUAUAUGCCUGGAGUGUGGACAGAGCUUCACUCAGAGUGGAAGUCUACAGAAACAUAAAAGGAUUCACACUGGGGAGAAACCCUAUCAAUGCCUGGAGUGUGGAGAGAGCUUUGCUCUGAGUGGAAGUCUACAAAAACAUAAAACGAUUCACACUGGGGAGGAACUCUAUAAAUGCCUGGAGUGUGGACAGAGCUUCACUGAGAAUGGAAGUCUACAAAAACAUAACAGAAUUCACACUGGGGAGAAACCUUAUAAAUGUCUGGAGUGUGGACAGAGCUUCGCUCAGAGUUCAAGUCUACGUUCACAUCAAAGGACUCACACUGGGGAGAAACCCUAUAAAUGCCUGGAGUGUGGACAGAGCUUCACUCAGAGUGGACAUCUACAAAAACAUGAAAGGAUUCACACUGGGGAGAGACCUUAUAAAUGCCUGGAGUGUGGACAGAGCUUCGCUCAGAGUGGACAUCUACAUAAACAUGAAAGGAUUCACACUGGGGAGAAACCCUAUCAAUGCCUGGAGUGUGGACAGAGCUUCACUGAGAAUGGAAAUCUACAAAAACAUAAAAGGAUUCACACUGGGGAGAAACCCUAUAAAUGCCUGGAGUGUGGACAAAGCUUCACUCGUAGCUCAACUCUAUAUUCACAUCAAAGGACUCACUGGGGAGAAACCGUAUAAACACAUGCAGUGUAGAAAGAGCUUCUCUGAGAAUUCACAUCUGCAUAGACACAGUUGAGAACAUUGAGACUUGGUCCCAAAGAGACUUUCUAAGAAGUUUUCAAACUUUUCAUGUUGAUGAUACACUUUUUGGACAUUCACCCUUUCACAAGAUUGUAAUUCAAUUUAACCUUCAAACUGGAGGUUAAACCAACCCCAUAUAAGAUUUUCAGUGUAUAUAAUAUUACCUAUUAUAACCCUAUUGCGGAGAUGUUGGGUUUUUAUUUAAUUAUAUAUAUUAGACAUGUCCAAAAAAUCAUUUUGAAUCGUAUAUCGGAAUUAUUUCGGAUUGUUGUUUACUCCAUGGGAAUUAUCCACAUUACAUCUAUAUAUAUAAAAGGGUAAUGAAAUUUCGGCCUAGGACAAAACAACAAAACUACACAUUAGACAUGUCCAAAAAAUCGAUUUGAAUCGUAUAUCGGAAUUAUUUCGGAUUGUUCUCGCUUUUUGAUACGCAUUCCGAGACAUUGUCUCACAGCGCAACCAGCAAUGUAAUUCGAACCAUUGUUGGACCAUUCUCUAAUUGUCUCUUAAUGUUUCGUUAAUUUUUUCCCCCCAUAAAAUUUUUAAAAAUAUAUUUUUAAAAAUAUUUUUUAAAAAUUGUUUUUGCAACCUACCUUGAAUGGGAGCUUGGUGCAGCCUCCCAUGGCUGCUGCUCCCCGGCCAAUCAGAAGCUUCCACGAUGGACGCAAAGGUGGGGGCUACGUCCUCUGCGUCCACAUGGAAGAUUGCCAUACAAGCCUGGUGUGUAGCGAUUGCGCAUGCGCGUCUGCCAUUUUAGAAACAUUUAGAAUCAUUACGAAUUUUCGGAAAUAUCCGAAAUUUUUGGGUGAAAAAAAUCGGAAAUACUUUCUAUAUUGAAGCGCCAGCGCCCCCUACUUUAGAAACGAGAAUUGAAACAUUUUUUUCAUUGAUCGGACAUGCCUAAUAUAUAUAUUAUAUUAUAACCAAAUUAUAAAGAUGUUUUUAUUUAAACGCUGUCACCAAUUAUUAAAGAUGUUUAUAAUGCGGCCACCAGAUGUAAAGGGGAUUAUCAACGCUUGCCACCACUAUGGGAAGAUGUAGACACUAGCUACUCAGAGAGGAGACCUUUUUAAAUUUUGUUUUUCUUUCUCUUCUUAUGUACUCUUGAUGGUAAUAUAUGUGUCAGAGACUGAGAUGUUUGAAAAAACAAUAACACGUUUAUUCAGGCACAGAGCUUAAUGGUUACAGUAACUUUCUCUUUAGAGGCACUUUAGUUAACAGUUGCAAAGCUAGAAUGAGGUGUUUCAAAUUCCUUAAAAUGUCACUUCUUUCUCUACUGCUCUAAACUGCAGUCACCCUGUGAAUUACAAUCACAGAUUAUCUGUUCCUCAUCAGGAGACAGACUACCUUAAAAUAAGUCACCAAACUUAUUUUAAACUGACUCAAAAUUAAGCAAUUGAGUCUCCCGGAUCCCUUCAACUGAGGAUCAGUCUUCGCUGUACCUCAUCAGGGCACAGACUAACUGUUGUUUUUCAAACCUGCACUUCACCACCAAAACGGCAGUUGGCUCCGCCCACUUCUCCAUGGCAACCAACUCAUGAGUGCAGAGAUGCCAUAACUGAAAUAUUGACCCUUUUAAAACACAACCAAACAUGACAUCUGCAAACCAAAAAAUUCACACUUCAUUACACCUAUUUAUCAGAAAAAGUCAUUGCUUUGGGAUUUUAUGAAUGGUCCCAUUUAGAAAAGAUCUUUUACUAUAAAUAUUCACAAAAAUGGUAUACAUAGUGGCAGAAAAAUGUCCGUGAAAAUAUUUGUAAAAGUAUUUGUAUAAAUAUUCACAAAGCAUUUCUCUGGUCUGAGAGUCUAAUAGAGUCUCUGUUUAGUCUCAAAGUCCAAAGGAGUCUCUGUCUACUGGCGUCUGAAAGCAUACACCUGUUUCUACUGUUUCUAAAAUGUAGUCUGAGUCCUGAAUAGUCCCAGUGUCAGGAUAUGCCCGUCUCAGCUAUUGCCAACCAGCUGAACCAUUCACACCAUGCCAGUUAAUUGGAUUUUUUUUUCCUGUCAGGAGCAACUUAAGAAACUGCAAGUCGCUUCUGGCGUGAGAGAAUUGGCCGUCUGCUAGGACGUUGCCCAGGAUGUUUUACCAUCCUUGUGGGAGGCUUCUCUCCUGUCCCCGCAUGGAGCUGGAGCUGAAAGAGGGAGCUCAUCCGCGCUCUCCCCGGGUGGGAUUUGAACCUGGCAGCCUUCAGGUCAGCAACCCAACCUUCACGUCGCAGGGCUUCAACCCACUGCACCACUGGGGGCUCCAGUUAAUUGGAAUGGGAGUAAAGGAAUGGCCUUACUGAUAAGGGCCAUCUGGUCUGGGAGGGAACCACGAUUUGUUGCUACCUCUGUCUGGGAAUGGUGGUUUUGAUAUAGUCGUGUUUUGGCGGGAUUUGGUCAGAACUAGCUUCUUUUUCCAACUUGGUAAGAAGGAUCAAUAAAGUGUUUCCAAGGA